GGGAGAAGGCGGAAGUAGCGGCGGUUGCUGAGGAAGCCCUGAGGCGAGAGUAGCGGAGCCAGUAGCCGCGGCUGAUUGUUUUGGAACGUAAUUAAUUGCGGUAAUUGGUGGUGGCUGCCUUCAGAACCUAAGCAGCAAUGGGGAACACAAGCAGCGAACGUGCUGGAGUGGAACGCCAGGGAGGCCAUAAGACUCCUCGAAGAGACAGCUCUGGGAAGGAUGGAGACAGGCCGAAGAUCUUGAUGGACAGCCCUGAAGACGCCGACUUGUUCCAUUCUGAGGAAAUAAAGGCUCCCAUGGAGAAAGAAGAAUUCCUGGCUUGGCAGCAUGAUGUGGAGGUGAAUGAUAAAGCUCCCACUCAAGCACGGCCAACUGUCUUUCGCUGGACCGGAGGUGGCAAGGAGGUUUUUUUAUCCGGCUCUUUUAACAACUGGAGCAAGCUUCCACUUACACGGAGCCACAAAAACUUUGUAGCCAUCCUUGAUCUCCCAGAAGGCGAACACCAGUAUAAGUUCUAUGUGGAUGGUCAGUGGACACACGAUCCGGCGGAGCCUGUAGUAACCAGCCAGCUGGGGACUGUCAACAAUGUUAUUCAGGUGAAGAAAACAGACUUCGAAGUAUUUGAUGCUUUAAUGGUGGACUCGCAAAAGUGUUCUGACAUGUCUGAGCUGUCAAGUUCACCCCCUGGACCCUACCACCAGGACCCCUACAUUUGUAAGCCUGAAGAGCGAUUCAAGUCUCCCCCCAUUCUUCCGCCACACCUACUGCAGGUCAUCCUAAACAAAGACACUGGGAUUUCGUGUGACCCCGCUCUGCUUCCUGAGCCUAACCAUGUAAUGUUGAAUCACCUCUAUGCGCUUUCCAUCAAGGAUGGGGUGAUGGUGCUCAGUGCCACCCACCGUUACAAGAAGAAAUAUGUGACCACCUUGCUGUAUAAGCCCAUAUGAAUCACGACUGGGCACCCGGACUGACAAAGCAACUGAGGGAACCAACCCAACGUGUGCCCUUUGAAACAGUAGCAGACUUGCUGUCAAAUCAUCCUGGGUUUUUUAAAUUUUUGUUUUAUUUAAAAGAGCCCCAGUUCGUUGAAUUGUUGCCCUGCGUGCUCUCUCUCUCUGGAUAAGGUAUACUCCGUUUUGCCAACGGAACGUGAACUGCUCUGCAAUCCCUGCCUGCAAAAAAUUGAGGACAGUCGAACCGCAGGGUACAUUUAGCUAAGUGUGGGAGUGUUUUUUUUAAAUCCUUGAAUAGGUCACUUGGAAUAGGCUACCGCUGCUGGUAGCAGGCACCCUUAAUCAUUAUGUUCCCUAAGUAGCAGUGCUUUUUCAUACGCCAAUCGUUGUAAGAGAGCCUUUUCUGCUCUAGCUCUUUUUGAACUGAGAUGCUAUUAUCACUUGUUCUUUAUAACUUCUCCCCCACACCCAAUAGUUGCCUCUGUAAUCCAGAUGUUUGCCACUCUUCAUACUGCUGGCAAAGCUAAUCCGCGUUUCUCACUUUCGUCAGAAAGUGCACUUGACUGUAACCGGCCCAGCAGAAUUCGGUUGGUGGGUCUCGCGUGCCUAGUAGCAGAACAUCAAAGUGGUUCGGCGAAUCCCAUGUUGCUGUAGGGCUUUGGCCCCUAGCUCACUGGCUCCUACUAGCCCAUCCCCUGCCACUGUUAAUCUCUUGGGAAUAGCUUGUGGUCCGUCCGUCCCCUACAGCUAUUCUAAAUCAUGGGAAGAUCCAUUAUUUCUUCAGGGGGCAGAGGUAACAGCUGACCAAGGGACCAGCCCAGCUGUGAGUCUGUUGCCCACCUCUUUCCCCUCCCAGGCUGAUGAAUGUGUCAAGGCCCUAGGGGUUCCCAAGUCUCCUAAGGAGUGUGCCUUUUAGCCAACGGAGCCAACGUGGUUUUGCCCCCCGAUUUCACAGCAAUCCUCAGAAGCCUUCCAGCAGUCCUGUUGCUUUGAGUAGCUAAAUGGGGGUAUCACUAUGCAUAUUUCAGAGUGCUUUGAGAAAAGUAUUUCACAUCCACUCUAAUCUGUAUCUGCUCUUAUUAUUGGUCCUCUUCAGAAAUGAGUUUUUAUAAAUAAAUAUAUGGAAUAAAA